UAUCAGAUAUAGGAUCAAUUGACAGCAUUUUAUAACAAACAUGUGCUUAAACAAAUGACAAAGACCUGAAACAUCUAACAACAUCUGACAUGAAACAUGCCAGAAAAUCUGAGUGGAAAAUUAUAAAUAGGGAAAAAAGCGUUAUUGGAAUGGAAAUAAUAAUACUUGUUUACAAACACAAAACAAGGUCAGGUCGUUUAUUUUAUUUAAACAUUGUCGAUAUAAGAUUAGAAUGUAAGAUUAAAUUAAAGUUAAAUCACAUUUUACCUUCCAAAGUCUUAUACUUAAACUUUUUAUCAGAUAGCCAAAACAGUAUUUAAGGGCACCGUGAUUAUAGGUAAUCUAACACCAACCGUCUUUAUACAUGAACCUUUAAAUAAGUUCAAGCUAUUAAGUUUAGCUAGUAUACGUGUUGUAACGUUAGAUGUACGUAACGAGGAAGUAAACAACUAUAAAAUAUUUGUGAAUUCAAAAUGGCGACUGGUUGUUCUGGAUCAGAUGAAUUUGUCAAUUUUAAAUGUUGUUUAUGUGAAAAGAAAAAUAUAACAAAGGUGGCGGAUACUUAUUGUGUGGACUGUCAGGAUUAUUAUUGUUCACCAUGUACAAACUUGCACAAAAUGUUUCCUUCUGCUGUGGGCGAGCAUCAUUUUAUAGACAAGUCAAGUUUCAACACAGUUAGCUUACAGAAAUCAUUGCCAAGUUUUCCAGUUGAAAGGUGUGAAGCUCAUAAAACCAAGUUGCUAGAUAUGUAUUGUGCUGACCACGAUGAAGUAGCUUGUGCGACCUGCAUAGCUAUAAAACAUAGAACAUGUCAAAAUAUACACUCGGUACCAGAAGAAAUUGAUACUUUAUAUCAGAAGACUGAGGUUGAGGAUAUAAAACAAAAGAUGCUUCGUAUAAAAAUUAAAAUGGAAGGCACAGAAAAAGCAAAGAAACUUCUUAUCAAAGAGCUUAAUGUCCAGAAGGAGAAGGCAGCAGAGUCAAUAAGGCAAUUCAGAAAAGAAAUAGAAGAAGUACUGGACACACUAGAAAUGGCAACAAUAACAACUUUAGAGGAAAAGUACAAAAAUGCCAUAGAGAAGUUAGAAAACGACACCAACAAACUACAGAAACAUAUUGAUGAACUCAAACGAUCAUCACAAAAACUAACAAAGUCAGCUGGAAAUAAAGCACAGGAGUUUGUCAAUGUAAAAACUUCUAAGAAACAAAUCACGGAAGCUUAUGAAGCAGAAGCAUUGACAAAUACAUCUGCUGCUAAAAUUGAAUUCAAUGCUGAUUUGACAAUGAUAAAUGCUUUUAAAGACUUCAAGACAUUUGGAUUGGUGUCAGUGAGUGAAUCUGAAAAUAUGAGAGACAAAUUGUAUGAUGUAAAAAGCAAGAAACAGGUUUACAUCAAAUAUGAAAAUGAUAGGCAGACAUGUAAUGUUUAUGCUUCAUGUUUCACAGAUGAUGGACUAUUAUUUCUAGCUGACUAUAGCAACAAAGCAUUAAAGCUUAUUGAUUUGUCAUCGGAAUCCAUGAUAGAUCGGCUAGAUCUUCAUGCAUCUCCAUUAAGUAUUUGUCAAAUAGGCAAAAACGAAAUUGCAAUAAGUUUGGACAAUCAAACCAUUCAAUUUGUUUCAAUGGGAAACAAACUGAAAACCGCCAAACAGUUGAAGGUAGAUCAUUUUUGCCACGGACUGGCCUGCAAAGACGAUAAAUUGUUUAUCUCAGAUCAAAGAACCUCAGUUUACAUUUAUGAUAUGAAUGGCAGUAUGUUACGUAAAAUCACAUCUGAUAAACAAGGCAAUACAAUUUUCAGACACAACAGACAUAUCAGUGUUAGCAAUGAUGGCAAGAUGAUUUAUGUGGCUGAUUGUACAAAAGGUCUGAUUGUCCUUGACCUUGAGGGAAAUUACAAGACAACAAUUACUGAUCCGGAUUUUGUUUUCUAUGGGGAAUUUGUACGGACAAACGAGGAAAUAUAUUUGUGUGUGGAUGGGGGCAGUCAAAAAUUGUUCAGAUCAAUGAGAGUUCUGGUGCAAAAAUGGGUGUUCUAGGAGAUGUUUGUAAUAGUAGGUCUACUAGCUUUACUUCACAACAUAACAGACUGGUUCUAACCAUUGAUAACAGUGAUAAAAUAGAGGUGUAUGACUUAGCAUGAGUCAAAUAAACUAAAAUCAAAAUGAUGUCAAACGUAAACCCUAUUACUUAUUAAAGGCCCAUUACGCCUAAAAAUGCCGACAUAUUUUUUAAAAAUAUUAUUUUAUAUUUUGGUGUCCUGUCACAAUUUUCAAACAGUUACACAUUUCCCAUAUAGCUGAACCAUCUUUUGAUGUAUUUUGCAUUUAAGCUGUAAGUUUGUUUAUACAUAUAAAAUUAUAGUGAUUAAAUGUUUUAUAUGGAAGUCAAAAUAUCACUAAAUUGUUUUUAUUUCGCUACCUUAGUCACAAAUUAUUUCAGAGCUAUAUUCUUCAUUUGAUAACGAUCUUACAUUUUCAAAUGCAUUAUUUCUGGGGCUAAAUGUGCUUUUUAAAGUUUUGUGCAAUUUGCGCUUAUUUCAUUUACAAAUAUUUUACAUCAAAGAAGUAUUCAAAUUAUUAUAAUGAAAAGAUUUCUAGAGCU